AUGAGUUUAGAAGAUACAUUGAGUAACUUGAGUAUUUAUGAUGCCAAGAAAUAUUUCCGUAAAGCCCAAAAUGUGAUGUUUAAUUAUACUGAAAUGGAAGGUAAAGUCCGUGAAGCUACCAAUAAUGAACCUUGGGGUGCUUCAUCAACUUUGAUGGAACAGAUCUCUCAAGGUACAUAUAAUAUAAGAGAACGUGAAGAAAUUCUCAGUAUGAUCUUUAGAAGGUUUACUGAAAAGACAGCAAGUGAAUGGAGACAAAUAUAUAAAGCUUUGCAAUUAUUGGAAUAUUUGAUUAAACAUGGUUCUGAAAGAUUCAUUGAUGAUGUGAGAUCAUCCUUGAGUUUGAUUAAAAUGUUGGAAUCCUUCCAUUACAUUGACUCUCAAGGUAGAGAUCAAGGUAUCAACGUUAGAAAUAAAGCACAAUCCUUAACAGCAUUAUUAAAAGAUGACGAACAAAUAAGAGCAGAAAGAAAAAAGGCAAGAGAAACGUCAAAGAAAUUUAAAGGUGUCGCUGGCGGUUCAGCAUCUGAAAGUUUAGCUGGUAAGAAUACUAGAGCUGGUUUCAAUACUUCUAAUAGACAUAAUAUUAGUGUAAGUGCUGAUUUUGAUAGCGAUGAUGAUAAUAAUGAUGAUGUUGCGCCACGUUUGACCAGUUCCGAAAUAACUCAUGCAAAUAGCGAUGACUUGUUCAGUUACCACGGACCUGCUGUAAAGAAAAAUUCUGAACAAGUACACCAUCAACUACAAGAAGAGGAGGAUGAUGAUGAUUUCGCAGAAUUUCAAAGUUCUGUUCCAAUCAGUCAAGAAACUCAAUCUACUUCUGCUAUAACAACUGCCACAAAUAAUGAUUCAUUAUUUGACUUCAAUUCUCCUCCUGUCCCCUCUACAACAACUGCAUCUACAAUUGGAACUCCUCAAACCUCGAACCCUGUGUACGCAAUGCCAAAUGUUGAGCCAGCUAUAUCAUCUCAAAACAAUAAAAAAUCAGAUCCAUUCGGUUCGCUGUUUAUGACAGCAAAAGCUGAUAAGACUCCAAUUGUCCCAACACCAGCUAAAAGCACUGUUAACACCACUCCUGCCAAUUUUGCUAACGAUUCUUCUAAUUCCGUUCCUUUGAACAAUGAUAAUAACGAUGACGAUGAUGAUGAUCUAUUUGGAGAAAUGACAGCUGCCUCUACUACUGCUCCUCAACCAACAGCUUCUGCACCUACUACAUCUGUAUCACAAAACGAUGAAAUUAAUUUGCUAGACUUUUAG